AUGGGCCGCCCCACCGCCGCCGCCCGCCGGGCCCCUCCGCCCCUGCUGCUGUCGCUGCUGCUGCCGCUGCUGCCGCUGGGCGCCGCCGCCGAGCCCCGGCAGGUCUUCCAGGUGCUGGAGGAGCAGCCGGCCGGCACCUGGGUGGGCACCAUCGCUACCCGGCCCGGCUUCACCUACCGGCUGAGCGAGCACCACGCCCUCUUCUCCAUCAACGCCACCUCGGGCGCCCUGCACACCCGCGCCUCCAUCGACCGCGAGAGCCUGGCCAGCGACGUGGUGGACCUGGUGGUGCUCUCCAGCCAGCCCACCUAUCCCAGCGAGGUGCGCGUCCUGGUGCUCGACCUCAAUGACAACGCGCCCGUCUUCCCCGACCCCUCCAUCGUGGUGACUUUCAAGGAGGACACGGGCAGCGGGCGGCAGCUCAUCCUGGACACGGCCACCGACGCCGACAGCGGCACCAACGGUGUGGACCACAGCUCCUAUCGCAUUGUGUCUGGCAACGAGGAGGGACGUUUCCGCCUCAACAUCACCCUCAACCCUAGCGGCGAAGGUGCUUUUUUGCAUCUGGUAUCGCAGGGCGGGCUGGAUCGGGAGGCCACCCCCAGCUACCAGCUGUUGGUGCAGGUGGAGGACAAGGGUGAGCCCCGGAGGCGCGGGUACCUACAGGUCAACGUCACCGUGCAGGACAUCAAUGACAACCCACCCAUCUUCAGUCAGACUCUUUAUCAGGCACGUGUGCCCGAGGAUGCACCCGUUGGGGCCAGUGUUCUGCAGGUGGCAGCAGCUGAUGCUGAUGAAGGCACCAACGCUGACAUCCGCUACCGCCUGGAGGGAGGUGAUGGUGGCGGUGGGGAGGGGGCCAGCAGCCUCCCGUUCGAGGUGGAUCCUGAGAGUGGAGUGAUUCGCAUCCGGGAGCGCCUGGACUACGAGCUGUGCCAGCAGUACUCGCUGACAGUGCAGGCCACAGACCGCGGGGUGCCAGCGCUGAGCGGCCGGGCCGAGGCCCUCAUCCGCCUGCUGGAUGUCAAUGACAACGAGCCCCGGGUGAAGUUCCGCUACUUCCCAGCCACUUCCCGCUUUGCCUCUGUGGAUGAGAACGCGGCGCCUGGCACUGUGGUGGCCUUGCUGACGGUGAGCGAUGCUGACUCCCCCGCUGCCAACGGGAACAUCUCUGUGUCAAUCUUGGCAGGCAACGAGCAGCGGCACUUCGAGGUGCACAGCAGUAAGGUACCCAACCUCAGCCUGAUCAAGGUGGCGGCUGCGCUGGACCGGGAGCGUAUCCCUGCCUAUAACCUUACAGUGGCGGUGGCUGAUAACUAUGGGGCCUCACCACCACCCCCGGGCUUCCCCACUUCUUCCCUUUCUCCUGAUGGGGUGGUGGCAACUCCUGUGAGCCGCUCUUCAGUGGCUAGCCUGGUGAUCUUUGUGAAUGACAUCAAUGACCACCCGCCUGUCUUUGAGCAGUCAGUGUACAGGGUGAACAUCAGUGAGGAGGUGCCUUUGGGCAGCUACGUGCGGGGCUUGAGUGCGACAGACCGUGACUCGGGCCUCAAUGCCAACCUCAAAUACAGCAUUGUUUCAGGCAAUGAGCUGGGUUGGUUCCACAUCAGUGAGCACAGCGGGCUGGUCACCACAGCUGGUCCUGGGGGUGGCACUGCUGGGCAUGCUGGAGGUGCAUCUGUCACCAGCGGGUUGGACCGGGAGACCACUUCCCAGGUGGUGCUCAACAUCAGUGCACGUGACCAGGGAGUGCAGCCCAAAUUUUCCUAUGCGCAGUUGGUGGUGAACAUCCUGGACGUCAAUGACAACAAGCCUCGCUUCAGCCAACCUGAGGGCUACCAGGUUUCCUUGGCUGAAAACUCCCCAUCAGGAACUGAGCUGCUGGUCCUGAGUGCUGUGGAUGGGGAUCUGGGGGACAAUGGGACCAUUCGUUUCUCCCUUCAGGAGGCUGAGCCGGCAGUAGUGGCAGUUGGCCCCUCUUCAGUGACCCCUCGACAGGUCUUUCGCUUGGAUCCCGUGUCAGGCAAGCUCAGCACCAUCUCGCAGCUGGACAGGGAGGAGCAGGCUCACUUUUCCCUGCAGGUCCUGGCCACAGAUUUGGGUUCCCCUCCCCUUUCUUCAGUAGCCCGGGUUAAUGUGAGUCUUUUGGAUGUGAAUGACAAUAGCCCGGUUUUCUAUCCUGUCCAGUAUUUUGCCCAUAUCCAAGAGAAUGAGCCAGCUGGAACUUAUGUAACCACAGUGUCUGCCACUGACCCUGAUAUGGGGCCCAAUGGGACCGUCAAGUACAGCAUCUCAGCUGGGGAUACCUCUAGGUUCCAAGUCCAUGGCAAGACAGGGAUCAUUACCACAAAAAUAGCCCUUGACAGGGAGGAGAGAACUGCUUACCAGUUACAGGUUGUGGCCACUGAUGGUGGCCAUCUUCAGUCUCAGAACCAAGCCAUUGUCACCAUCACUGUCUUGGACACUCAGGACAAUCCACCUGUUUUCAACCAGGGCAUGUACGGUUUUGUUGUUUUUGAAAAUGUUGCCCUAGGUUAUCAUGUAGGUACUGUUUUUGCUUCUACCAUGGAUCUCAAUACCAACAUCAGUUACCUUAUUACAACAGGUGACCAACGGGGUAUGUUUGCCAUCAACAGAGUGACAGGGCAGAUCACCACAGCCAGUAUUAUUGAUAGGGAAGAGCAAGCAUUUUACCAGCUGAAAGUGGUGGCUAGUGGUGGGGCAGUGACUGGAGACACUAUAGUCAAUAUAACUGUCAAAGAUUUAAAUGACAAUUCCCCACACUUUAUUCAUGCUGUGGAAAGCGUAAAUGUGGUUGAAAACUGGAAAGCUGGUCAUACCAUAUUCCAAGCCAAAGCUCUUGAUCCUGAUGAAGGUGUUAAUGGCAUGGUCCUUUACAGCCUUAAGCAAAACCCAAAGGGCUUGUUUUCAAUCAAUGAACAAACAGGUGCUAUAAGCUUAAUAGGGCAGCUGGACAUAAAUGCUGGGACUUACCAGGUUGAAAUCCUGGCCUCAGAUAUGGGUGUGCCACAGCUGUCCUCUACUUUCAUCCUGACUGUCUCUGUCCACGAUGUAAAUGAUAACCCUCCUGUGUUUGACCAGCUUUCCUAUGAAAUUACAAUUUUGGAGUCUGAGCCUGUGAAUUCACGGUUCUUUAAGGUACAGGCUUCUGACAAAGAUUCGGGAGUGAACGGUGAAAUAGCUUACAGUAUAAUUGAAGGAAAUGCUGGGGAUGCCUUUGGCAUUUUCCCGGAUGGUCAGCUGUACAUAAAGAGUGAACUGGAUCGAGAGCUUCAAGAAAGAUACGUUUUACUUGUUGUUGCCUCUGAUAGAGCAGUAGAACCACUCAAUGCUACUGUAAACAUUACGGUAAUUCUGGAGGAUGUAAAUGAUAACAGGCCACUGUUCAACAGUACAAACUAUGUAUUUUAUUUUGAAGAGGAACAGAGUGGUGGUUCCUAUGUGGGUAAAAUAAAUGCUGUAGACAAAGACUUUGGGCCGAAUGGUGAAGUCAGGUAUUCAUUUGAGCAUAUGCAACCAGAUUUUGAGCUGAACACAAUAACUGGGGAGAUAAGAAGUACUCAUCAGUUUGACAGGGAAGCUCUUAUGAGACAGCGAGGAGCUGCAGUAUUUAGUCUUACAGUUAUAGCAACAGAUCAGGGGUUGCCAAAGCCUCUAAAGGAUCAGGCAACCGUACAGAUCUACAUGAAAGACAUCAAUGAUAAUGCUCCCAAGUUUUUGAAAGAUCUCUACCAAGCUACCAUAUCAGAAUUGGCAGCAAAUUUGACGCAGGUUCUGAGAGUUUCUGCUUCAGAUGUUGAUGAGGGGACUAAUGGGUUGAUUCACUAUUCUGUGAUCAAGGGAAACGAAGAAAAGCAGUUUGCAAUAGAUAGUAGCACAGGUCAAGUGACCUUAGUAGGCAAACUAGAUCAUGAAGCUACUGCGUCGUAUUCACUUGUUAUCCAAGCAGUAGACUCUGGAGUGGUUCCCUUAAGUUCAACUUGCACACUGAGCAUUGAUGUAUUGGAUGAGAAUGACAACAGUCCUUCCUUCCCUAAAUCAAUCUUGUCAGUGGAUGUCUUGGAAAACAUGAGAGUUGGUGAACUUGUUUCCUCAGUCACUGCCACUGACUCUGAUUCAGGUGACAAUGCUGACCUCCACUAUAGCAUUACGGGGACAAACAAUCAUGGGACCUUUAGCAUCAGUCCCAACACUGGUAGUAUUUUUCUUGCAAAAAAAUUGGACUUUGAGACACAAUCUUUGUAUAAGCUAAAUAUAACAGCAAAAGACCAAGGAAGGCCACCAAGGUCAUCUACAAUGUCAGUGGUAAUAUAUGUUAGGGAUUUUAAUGACAACCCUCCUAAUUUUCCUGCAGGGGACAUUUUUAAAUCUAUUAUUGAGAAUAUUCCUGUUGGUAGUUCUGUCAUUUCUGUGACUGCUAAUGAUUCAGAUGCAGAUAUUAAUGGGCAGUUAACAUAUGCAAUCAUUCAACAGACGCCACGAGGUAAUCAUUUCCGUAUAGACGAAGUCAGAGGGACAAUAUUUACCAAUGCUGAAAUAGAUCGGGAGUUUGCUAAUCUCUUUGAAUUAACAGUCAAAGCCACUGAUCAGGCUGUUCCUGUGGAGUCCAGACGGUUUGCUUUGAAGAAUGUGACUAUUUUAGUGAUGGAUCAAAACGACAAUGUUCCUGUGUUCAUAUCGCAAAAUGCUCUUGCAGCUGACCCUUCAGUCAUGAUUGGUUCAGUCCUAACAACAAUUAUUGCAGCAGAUCCUGAUGAGGGAGCCAAUGGAGAGGUAGAAUAUGAAAUAAUCAAUGGAGAUACCAAAACAUUCAUUGUGGAUCGGUACAGUGGAGACCUAAGAGUAGCAUCAGCUUUGGUGCCUUCUCAGCUAAUAUACAAUCUGAUAGUUUCUGCUACAGAUCUUGGCCCUGAAAGAAGGAAAUCUACCACUGAGAUGACUAUAAUUCUACAAGGCGUUGAUGGGCCUGUAUUCACGCAGCCAAAAUACAUAACCAUCUUAAAAGAGGGUGAGCCUAUUGGGACGAAUGUGAUAUCUAUUGAAGCAGCCAGUCCACGGGGUUCUGAGGCCCAGGUGGAAUAUUACAUUGUGUCCGUCCGAUGCGAAGAUAAGAGUCUGGGGCGCCUCUUCACCAUUGGACGCCACACUGGUGUCAUCCAGACUGCUGCCAUUUUGGACAGGGAGCAAGGAGUGCGUCUCUACUUGGUGGAUGUUUAUGCCAUUGAAAAAUCUUCCAUUUUGCCCCGCACACAGCGAGCAGAGGUGGAAAUAACGCUUCAAGAUAUCAACGACAACCCGCCAGUAUUCCCCACAGAUAUGCUUGAUCUGACUGUGGAAGAGAAUAUAGGAGAUGGAUCUAAGAUAAUGCAGCUGACAGCCAUGGAUGCUGAUGAGGGAGCCAAUGCCCUUGUCACAUACACUAUUAUCAGUGGUGCGGAUGAUAGCUUCCAUGUUGACCCCGAGUCAGGAGACCUGAUAGCCACCAAGCGCCUGGACCGGGAGCGCCGCUCCAAGUACUCCCUGCUGGUUCGUGCUGAUGAUGGCCUGCAGUCCUCCGACAUGAGGAUAAACAUCACUGUCAGUGAUGUUAAUGACCAUAUCCCCAAGUUCUCCAAACCAGUGUAUUCCUUUGACAUUCCAGAAGAUGCCACUCCAGGCUCAUUAGUGGCAGCCAUUCUAGCCACUGAUGAUGACUCCGGUAUAAAUGGAGAAAUCACAUACACUGUGAGUGAAGAUGAUGAAGAGGGCAUGUUCUUCCUGAACCCUGUUACAGGAGUCUUCAACUUGACCCGUGCACUAGACUAUGAAACACAGCAGUAUUACAUUCUGACCGUUCGUGCGGAAGACGGAGGAGGCCAAUUUACUACCAUCAGAGUGUACUUCAAUAUACUGGACAUAAACGACAAUCCGCCAGUGUUCAGCAUGACCUCAUAUAGUACGUCUUUGAUGGAGAACUUGGCUCCGGGAUCUGCUAUUCUGAACUUCAAUGUUACUGAUGCAGAUGACGGCUCCAAUUCACAGCUGUCAUUCAGCAUCGCUUCCGGGGACAGUGUUGGGCACUUUGAUAUCAACAACAGCGGGGUGCUGAGCAUCCAACAACCUUUGGAUCGGGAAAGGCAGUCUUUCUAUAGCCUUGUUGUUCAAGUCCACGACAUGGCCCCUCUCCCUGCCUCCAGGUACACAAGCACAGCUCAAGUCUCCAUUAUUCUUCUGGAUGUGAACGACAGCCCUCCUAGCUUUAUCUCUCCAAAGCUGACCUACAUCCCAGAGAAUACACCGAUAGACACAGUCGUGUUCAAGGCACAGGCGACUGACCCCGACAGCGGUCCAAACAGCUACAUCGAGUACAGUCUGCUGAGGCCUCUGGGCAAUAAAUUCAGCAUUGGCACUAUUGAUGGUGAGGUCAGGCUGACUGGGGAGCUUGACAGAGAAGCUGUGUCCAACUACACAUUGACUGUGGUGGCAACGGACAAGGGCCAGCCAUCGCUUUCUUCAUCUACAGAUGUGGUAGUCAUAGUCCUCGACAUUAAUGAUAACAAUCCCAUUUUUGCACAAAAGCUUUAUAGAGUAGAGUUGGAGGAAAACACUUUGACAGGGACAGAUUUAAUCCAGGUGCUUGCUACUGAUGGAGAUGAAGGUACAAAUGGGCAGGUUCGCUAUUCCAUUGUGAGUGGAGAUAAUGGUAAUGAGUUUCGCAUCGAUUCUGUGACGGGGGUGAUAACGGUUGCUAAGCCUUUGGACAGAGAGAGGGAACCCUCCUAUAUGCUAACUGUUCAGUCCUCUGAUCGUGGAAGCAGCCCAAGGACUGACACCACAACAGUCAAUAUUGUUCUGAAAGAUGUUAAUGAUUACAUUCCUACAUUUGAACUUUCUCCCUACAAUGUGAAUGUUCCUGAGAAUUUAGAGACACUUCCCAAAGUCAUUCUUCAGGUUGUAGCAAGAGAUGAUGAUCAAGGCCUAAACAGCAAGCUUACCUAUGUCCUGGUGAGUGGCAAUGAAGAAGGAGCCUUUAUUCUCUCAGCCAGCGGGGAGCUGCGCUUGGUGCAGAGCCUGGACCGAGAAACGAAGGAGCAGUAUGUUUUAUUGAUCACAGCUGCUGACUCAGGAUCUCCUGCCCUUACUGGCACUGGAACCAUCACUGUCACUGUGGAUGAUGUCAAUGACAAUGUCCCCACGUUCGCCUUUAAUAUGUAUUCUGCUGCAGUUCCUGAGGAUGCACCUACAGGGACAGAUAUUUUGCUAGUAAACUCCUCAGAUGCUGAUGCUUCUAGAAAUGCUGUUAUUAGUUAUAGGCUUACUGGUGGCAAUUCUCAAUUCACAAUCAACCCAUCCACAGGACAGAUCAUCACCAGUGCUCUACUUGAUCGAGAGACAAGAGAGAACUACACAUUGAUUGUUGUGGCAAGUGAUGGGGGCUACCCCAAGGCUCUUUCCAGUUCCACCAGCGUGCUUGUUGCUGUUGCUGAUGUGAAUGACAACCCUCCCAAAUUUCAACACCAUCCCUAUGUCACUCAUGUUCCAUCACCUACUAUUUCAGGUUCAUUUGUGUUUGCAGUGACUGUCACUGAUGCAGAUGCCGGCUCUAACGCGGAGCUCCAUUAUUCCCUCGUGGGGAAAAACGCGGAGAAAUUCCAUAUUGAUUCAGCAAGGGGGGCAAUCCUAGCUGCCAAUGAGCUGGCAGGAGAGUCUGAAGUCACCAUUUCUGUCCACGUGAGGGAUGGUGGCCGGUACCCCAAGACAGACUCUACAACUGUCACCGUGAGGUUUGUGAACAGAGCAGAAUUUCCUCAAGUUCAAGCUGAACAAGAGACUUUCACUUUUCCUGAAAACCAAGCAGUUGGGACGCUUGUCACCACUAUUUCUGGGUCUUCAGCCAGAGGAGGCUCCUUGUCCUACUAUAUUGCCAGUGGGAACCUGGGCAACACCUUCAUAGUGGAUCAGGUAACAGGACAGCUUUCUGUCGGCCAGGCUUUGGAUUUUGAAGCCAUACAGAAAUAUGUGGUUUGGAUUGAGGCCAGAGAUACAGGCUUUCCUCCCUUUUCCUCGUAUAAGAAAUUGGAAGUAACAGUUGUAGAUGUCAAUGAUAAUGCACCGGAGUUUGAGCAAGAUCCCUUCAUUGCUGAAAUAGUGGAGAAUCUGUCCCCACGGAAGUUACUGACGGUGGCUGCAGUUGACAGGGACAGUGGUCUAAAUGGACAGUUAAUUUAUGAAAUAAUUGAGGGCAAUACAGAAAAUAGUUUCAGUAUCAACAGAGCCACAGGUGAGAUCAGGAGUGUCAGGCCCUUGGACAGGGAGAAAUUGUCUCGAUACACACUAACCAUAAAAGCUUCAGAUAAAGGCACUCCGCUCCAGAGCACAACCGUCAAAGUUAUCAUUAAUGUUUUAGAUGAAAAUGACAACGCCCCAAGAUUUUCUCAGAUAUUUAGUGCUUCUGUGCCUGAAAAUGCACCUCUGGGAUUUACAGUAACCCGAGUCACAACUUCAGAUGAAGACAUUGGCAUGAAUGCCAUCAGCAGAUACUCCAUAAGGGAUACAAGUCUCCCAUUUAUCAUAAAUCCAAGCACUGGGGAUAUCACAGUCAGCAGACUGCUAAACAGGGAGGAUACAGAUCGCUACAGAAUCAGAGUUUCUGCACAUGACUCUGGCUGGACAGUGAGCACAGACGUCACUGUAUUUGUCACUGAUGUCAAUGACAAUGCUCCACGAUUUACAAAACCAUCCUAUUACUUGGAGUGUCCUGAGCUCCCUGGGAUUGGGUUGAAAGUCACUCAAGUUUCAGCCACUGAUCCCGAUGAAGGAUCUAACGGUCACGUCUUCUACUUCAUAAAAUCUCAAUCAGAGUUCUUCCGUAUCAAUGCAACCACAGGGGAAAUUUUCAACAAACAGUAUUUAAGGUACCAAAACUCAAGCGGUUCAAGCAAUGUCAACAUAAACAGGCACAGCUUCAUUGUGACUUCUUCAGACCGCGGCAAUCCUCCAUUGCUGAGUGAGACAACUGUCACAAUUAACAUAGUCGACAGCAAUGACAAUGCACCACUGUUCCUUGCUCCUAAAUAUUUUACACCUGUUACUAAGAACGUGAGAGCUGGCACAAACUUGAUUAAAGUUACUGCGGUGGAUGAUAAAGACUUUGGUUUGAAUUCUGAAGUGGAAUACUUUCUUUCUGAUGAAAGCAAAACUAAUAAAUUCAGACUGGACAGGAAUACAGGCUGGAUUUCUGUGUCAUCUUCACUAAUGGCUGAUUUGAACAAAAAAUUUCUAUUUAAAGUAAAAGCAAAGGAUAAAGGUAAUCCUCCACUGUCAUCCGAGGUAGCUGUUGAAAUAGUCGUAACAGAGGAAAACUACCAUACACCUGAGUUUUCUCAAAGCCAUAUGAGUGUUACUAUCCCAGAGAGUCACUCUGUUGGGGCAGUGAUCAGGACGGUUUCAGCCCGAGACAGAGAUGCCGCUAUGAAUGGAUUAAUCAAAUAUAAUAUUUCCUCUGGAAAUGAGGCUGGCAACUUUGCUAUCAACACAACUACUGGUACACUGACACUAGCAAAACCACUUGAUUUUGAGUUAUGCCAAAAGCAUGACCUAAUUGUUACCGCCACAGAUGGAGGAUGGGUGUCCAGAACAGGCUUCUGCAGUGUCACCAUUAAUGUCAUUGAUGUGAAUGAUAAUUCUCCAGCAUUCAGCCCUGAGGACUACUUUCCCAAAGUAUUAGAAAAUGCCCCAAGUGGGACAACUGUUAUUCGUUUAAAUGCCAGUGAUGCUGACUCUGGACCUAAUGCUGUGAUUGCAUAUGCCAUUCAGUCCUCAGAUAGUGACCUCUUUGUCAUUGACCCUAAUACAGGAACAAUCACUACCCAAGGAUUUUUAGAUUAUGAAACAAAGCAAAGUUACCAUUUAACAAUAAAGGCUUUUAAUGUUCCAGAUGAAGAGAGGUGCAGUUUUGCCAGUGUCAACAUCCAGUUAGAAGGGACUAAUGAAUAUGUCCCCCGUUUUGUGUCUAAGCUUUAUUAUUUUGAAGUUUCUGAGGCAGCGUCUGAAGGUACCAUUGUGGGUGAAGUUUUUGCAAGUGAUCGUGAUCUGGGAACUGAUGGAGAAGUUCACUACCUUAUCUUUGGCAAUAGCAGAAAGAAGGGCUUCCAGAUAGAUGAAAGAAGUGGCCAGAUCUAUGUUUCAGGACCUCUUGACAGAGAAAAAGAAGAACGAAUCUCUUUGAGAGUUCUUGCAAAAAAUUUUGGAAGCAUUCGUGGUGCAGAUAUAGAUGAAGUAACUGUUAAUAUCACUGUACUGGAUGCCAAUGAUCCUCCUGUAUUCACUUUAGGAACCUACAACAUACAAAUUAGUGAGGGUGUUCCUCCAGGCACCCACGUCACAUUUGUGAGUGCCUUUGAUUCAGAUUCUGUCCCUAGCUGGAGCCGGUUUUCUUAUUUCAUUGGGUCUGGUAAUGACAACAGUGCCUUUUCCAUCAACCCACAGACAGGACAGGUCACUGUCACUGCAGAACUGGAUCGAGAAACUCUGCCUGUGUACAACUUGUCUGUGCUGGCCAUUGAUUCAGGAACGCCAUCUGCAACAGGCAGUGCCUCUUUAUUGGUAACUUUGGAGGACAUCAAUGAUAAUGGCCCCACCUUGUCCACCCGCCAGGGAGAAGUCAUGGAGAAUAAUCGUGCGGGAACUCUUGUAAUGACGCUUCAAUCCUCAGAUCCCGAUCUCCCUCCAAACCAAGGUCCCUUUACGUACUACUUACUCAGCACUGGCCCUGCAACCAGUUACUUCAGCCUUAGCACUGCCGGUGUUCUGACCACAACAAGGGAGAUCGAUAGGGAGCAAAUCAGUGAUUUCUACUUGUCAGUGAUUACAAGAGACUCUGGCAUUCCUCAAAUGUCUUCCACAGGAACUGUGCAGAUAAAGGUAAUAGACCAAAAUGACAACCCAUCUCAGCCCAGAACGGUAGAAAUCUAUGUUCACUAUUAUGGCAACCUUUUCCCAGGAGGAAUUUUGGGCAAUGUAAAGCCACAGGACCCAGAUGUGUUAGACAGCUUCCAGUGCUCCCUCACUUCAGGAGUCACCAGCCUCUUCAAUAUCCCUGGGGGCACCUGUGAGCUGCACUCGCAGGCCAGGUCCACAGAUGGGGUGUUUGACCUGGCUGUGCUCAGCAGCGACGGCCUGCAUGGUGCUGUCACAAGCAGUGUCCGCGUUUUCUUUGCGGGUUUUGGCAAUGCCACCAUUGACAACAGCAUCCUUCUUCGCUUGAGUGUCCAUACUGUGCGGGAUUUUCUGACGAACCACUACCUCCAUUUCCUGCGUAUUGCCAGCUCACAGCUGACAGGGCUGGGCACUGCCGUACAGCUUUAUGGGCUGUACGAGGAGAGCAACCAGACCUUCCUGAUGGCGGCUGUCAAGCGCAGCAGCAACCAGUAUGUGAACCCCAGUGGUGUGGCCACCUUCUUUGAGAGCAUCAAAGACAUUCUCUUCCGGCAGAGUGGAGUGCGGAUUGAGUCUGUGGAUCACAAUUCGUGCCUGCAGAGCCCAUGCCAGAAUGGAGGGAGCUGCAUGAGGAGGCUGGCUGUAGGCCCAGCCUUGAAGAGCCACGAGAGCAUCCCUGUCAUCAUCGUGGCCAGUGAGCCCCUCCGGCCCUUCAUGUGCAGGUGCAUGCCAGGGUAUGAAGGCAGCUUAUGUGAGAUCGACAUUGAUGAAUGCCUCCCUUCACCGUGUCACAACGAUGGGACCUGCCACAACUUGGUGGGGGGAUUCUCAUGCAGCUGCCCAGAUGGCUUUACCGGCAUGGCCUGCGAGAGGGACGUCAAUGAGUGCCUUUCCAACCCGUGCAAAAAUGGGGCCGCCUGCCAGAACUUCCCUGGAACCUUCAACUGUAUUUGCAAAACUGGGUAUACAGGGAAAACGUGUGACUCCACUGUCAAUUACUGUGAAUGCAACCCCUGUUUUAAUGGUGGGUCCUGCCAGAGUGGGUUGGAGGGGUACUACUGCCAUUGCCCCUUUGGUGAGUUUGCUACUCCUCUUCCUUAUCUUCCCGCAGCAUCACUGACAGUGGAUUCCUGUUCUGAGGAUCAGGAGCCAGGCUAUUGCACUGUUAGCAAUGUGGCUGUUUCCACUGACUGGACCCUUGAUGUACAACCAAAUCGACUUACCGUUGGUGGUAUCAGGUCUGUUGAGCCCAUCCUUCAAAGGAGAGGACAGGUGGAAAGCCACGAUUUUGUGGGCUGUAUAAUGGAGUUUGCAGUCAACGGACGUCCCCUGGAGCCCAGCCAGGCUUUGGCAGCUCAAGGAAUCUUAGAUCAAUGUCCUCGAUUAGAAAGUGCUUGUACAACUAGCCCCUGCCAACAUGGUGGCACCUGCACUGAUCACUGGUCAUGGCAGCAAUGCCAAUGCAAAGAUGGACUGACGGGAGACCACUGUGAAAAAUAUGUUACUGCUGACACUGCCUUAUCACUGGAAGGCAGAGGACGACUCGACUACCACAUGAGCCCAAAUAAGAAGCGUGAAUACAUGAUGAGAUACGUUGCUAGAGGUGCCAGCCCUGGACCUCUGAAUGUGGACAGCUUGGAAGUGAAGUUCAGAACAAGAAGCGAGAAUGGGAUUUUAGUUCACAUCCAGGAAAGCAGCAACUUCACUACUGUGAAGAUAAGAGCUGGGAAAGUGCACUACAUAUCUGAUGCUGGAAUUGCUGGGAAAGUGGAAAGAAACAUUCCAGAAGUGUACACAGCAGAUGGGCAGUGGCAUUCAGUACGCAUUGAGAAGAACGGCUCUAUCACUGUCCUGUCCGUUGACAAGACUUAUAGACGAGACAUUCUCCAUGUCACACAGGAUUUUGGUGGACUAGACGUUCUUACAAUAUCUUUGGGAGGUAUCCCACCAAACCAGCCUUUCAAGAGCACAGUUGCAGGCUUUGACGGCUGCAUUUCUUACAUCAAGUAUGGUGGGGAGAGCCUUCCCUUCACUGGCAAGCACAGCCUGGCCACCCUUUCCAAAACAGACCCCUCAGUCAAGAUGGGCUGCCGUGGCCCCAACAUCUGUGCUAGCAGUCCCUGCUGGGGCGAGCUGAUGUGCAUCAACCAGUGGUACACCUAUCAGUGUGUCCCACCAGGUGCUUGUGCCUCCAGCCCCUGCCAAAAUGGUGGCAGCUGCGAGCCUGGGUCACAGGCCAGCUUCACCUGCAGCUGCCCUGAGUCGUACAUGGGACAGAGGUGUGAAAUUGUGGUGGCAUGCCUGGGGGUCUCCUGUGGCCCUGGUCACGUCUGCAGAGCGGGGCCCAGCAGCGGCUAUGUGUGCUUGCCAUCCCCGCACCCUGCUGAGUUGUCCCUGCCCCUCUGGGCUGUGCCGGCAAUUGUGGGCGGUUGUGCAACAGUGCUGGCCCUGCUGGUCCUCAGCCUCAUUCUCUGCAACCAAUGCCGGGGGAAGAAGUCAAAGGCCCCAAAGCAGGAGAAGAAAACAAAGGAGAAAAAGAAGAAAGGGAGUGAGAAUGUGGCAUUUGACGACCCUGACAACAUCCCGCCUUAUGGUGAUGACAUGACAGUCAGGAAGCAGCCCGAGGGGAACCCCAAACCUGAUAUCAUAGAAAGAGAAAACCCCUAUCUCAUCUAUGAUGAGACUGACAUCCCGCAUGCCACAGAGACCAUUCCCAGUGCUCCACUGGCUUCACCUGAGCCCGAGAUCGAGCACUAUGACAUUGACAACGCCAGCAGUAUCGCUCCCUCAGAUGCCGACAUCAUCCAGCACUACAAGCAGUUUCGGAGCCAUACACCCAAGUUCUCCAUCCAGAGGCACAGCCCACUGGGCUUUGCCCGGCAGUCCCCCAUGCCACUGGGAGCCAGUAGCCUCACGUACCAGCCCUCUUAUGGGCAGGGCUUGAGGACAACAUCUUUAAGCCACUCAGCCUGCCCUACUCCUAACCCUCUGUCUCGGCAUAGCCCUGCACCUUUCUCCAAGUCAUCGACUUUCUACAGGCACAGUCCAGCCCGGGAGCUGCACCUGUCCAUACGGGAAGGGAGCCCACUGGAGAUGCACAAUGAUGUCUGCCAGCCCGGCAUUUUCAACUAUGCCACUCGGCUGGGGAGGAGAAGUAAGAGUCCACAGACCAUGGCGAGCCAUGGUUCCCGGCCAGGCAGCCGCCUGAAGCAGCCCAUUGGUCAGAUUCCACUGGAGACUGCUCCUCCAGUGGGACUGUCCAUUGAAGAGGUGGAGAGACUGAACACCCCACGCCCCAGAAACCCCAGCAUCUGUAGUGCUGACCAUGGCCGGUCCUCUUCUGAGGAGGACUGCAGAAGGCCCCUGUCUCGGACAAGGAACCCGGCUGAUGGCAUUCCUGCACCUGAGUCCUCCUCCGACAGCGACUCCCACGAGUCCUUCACGUGCUCAGAGAUGGAGUACGACAGGGAUAAGCCCAUUGCAUACACCUCCAGGAUGCCCAAAUUAUCCCAGGUCAAUGAGUCUGAUGCAGAUGAUGAGGACAACUAUGGGGUGAGGCUGAAGCCCCGGCGGUACCCUGGCCGUCGUGGGGAGGGUGGGCCCGUGGGAGCACAGGCGGUCAGCACUGGGGAGAACUCCCUGCCCAUGAAGCUGGGGCAGCAGGCAGGAAGCUUCAACUGGGACAACCUCUUGAACUGGGGCCCAGGCUUUGGGCAUUAUGUGGAUGUUUUCAAGGAUUUGGCAUCACUUCCUGAAAAAACAGCAGCAGCAGCAGCAGCAGCAGCAGCAGUGAGUGAAGACAACAAAGGUGGUACAACAAAGCCUGUUUCCAAGGAGGGGGAAGCAGAACAGUAUGUAUAGGCUUUGUCUCUGGCAUUGCCGCAGUGCAAGGCCACGGAAUGGUCAGACUGUUGUGUGGUUGUAGAGAAGGAAAGGUCAGCAUUCGCACCCCAGGCCAGUUUGGUUCGAGGAGACUUUAAAAAUAAUAACCAUUAUGCUGCUGAAAGAGACUUAAAACACUUUUAAUUUAAUUAUGAUUGGAUGAAUUUAUUUCUCCUGCAUGCAUUGUAUUUGGAAACAAGAUAUUUGGCAUGCAGUUUUUAAAAAGGGUUUCCUAUUUACCAUUGUUUGGUUUGUGAUUCUUAAAUUAAUAAUGCUUUGUUCUGAAAAUGAACUAAUUUUUUUGUUUAAUUGUGAAGGAUGUGUAUAUUGUAUCCAGCUACUAAUGUGUUUUACAAUGCAAAAGUAUUGAGGAUUUAAUUUUCCUUAAGAAGUGCAUGGAAGAAGGAUGAUGAAUGAAGGAAUUACAGUAGCAAGUUGUCUCAUAAAAUGUACUCACUAUAUCCUGCAAUUGCUCAAACAUAAAGAUUAUGGAAGAAAUCAGCUUGAGUAAUUGCUGGCAACAGUGCUGUAAGUCGUAUUCCAUACAAGAGGUGCUAGAAGCAGCUCAAGCUGGUCAGCACUUUAAGAGUUGUUUUCAGCUUGUUAAUUUGUUUGUUCGGGGGCUUUUCUGUCUU